CAUAGAUAUUGUAGAACAAAACACAGGUUGAACUGGAUUUCCCUGUCCUAUUAUGCAGGUAUGAGGAAUACAUGUAAGCUUACUUCACUAAUGAUUGACAGUUGUACGGGACCAUAUGGGUUAUACACAGGUUAUAUGUACGACAACAUGCAUAGUCUUACUUAGACUUAUGGAAGGCAAUAUCUGAAUAUUAGAAUUAGCCAGGCUAUAGGCGUGUUUCUGCUGUAGGUAAUCGGCCCCCUACCUAGGUAAAGGGGAUAGGUACCGCCUCGCUUUUCAGUCCUUGUCUUUCCAUUGUUUACAGGACCUACUUAUAUGCAGCCUUCUAUCGUGACAUGGCAUUACAACUGCAGUAAAUACUCUCCCCACACUAUACACCUUUUGCUGGAACAUUUUUAUUAACUUUAUUAACAACAUCAACAUUUUUGCAUCAGCUAAGCCUAUUUUAUGCAAAUACCUUUAAAUGGAUUGAACUAAGGUCAGUAGAGACCAUAGGCUAACGUUGAAUAGCUGUUCCAAACUAAUUGUUGCAUUAUGUAGGUUUCAUUUGUAAUUACUAUAGCCUACUUGGUAAAUAAAUAUACCAUUGACAUUCUAACAACAACAAAAGCCUAUUUUGGCCCAUUCAGCGUAGGCUACCUAGCCUAGGCCAGUUUCAUUACAUUAGCUAACUGUAGUUUGCAAACAUUAGCUAAGCUUAAUUAUAGCCAAUAAAUAUAGGAAAUAUUAACCAAAAUCUAUCUAAAUGCAUACUCGUUCAAGCUCAAAAUGCAUGUUCAUUUCCAAAUGCAAUCAAACUACGGAUAUUAGGCUACAUGUUCAGACACAAUCUAGCCUUUCUUCAAUUAGAGGAAUCCAUGCUGGCUGGAGCCUGGAUGCCCAUCAAAAAGACGCAUUGUCAUUUUUUUCCCUCGACUAGACCCAAUGUGAAAAGCAUGUCGAAAACCUGUUCCCUGUUAAAUCUCUUCAAUAUUGUUUGUAAAUUCUACCAAUAAUGCGAAAACUAUGAAGAGUUGCCGGCACAGGUAGUCAGGUACACGUGUGCAAUUAUCAACAAAGCAUGGCAGAGCAUGACGCACCACUGUCAAAUUUGGUUACACAUCAAUCAAUCACACGUCAAUGUCUUUCGAUGUUGGGCAAUUGUCAUACCGUUUUGAAGCUGAAACCCAGUACUAUUGGAUAAAACAGGUGUCAAUCAGACAGGAACCAUGGUUAUCGUCACAUUAGAAGCGGUUGUUUAAAAUGCGGAAGUGGUUUAGGUAUACACUACUCAUGAAAACAAUCACCAGACAAGGAAUACAAUGUAUUUGAGUGAUAAAAACCAUAUCAUCUUGUGGAGAACAUAUUAGGAUUUCGUAAUAUAGCCAUGGUUUUGGGGGGAAACGUUUUUAUAUGACCGCUACAAGAUCUUCACCAUUAUUUAGGUGUGGGUGGAGCAAGGAUGAAAAGAGGAUGAGGUUGCUAGGUGACGAGUAUGCUGUAGAUCCAGUGAAAUUGCUACCUUGACAACGCCACGUCAAUACUCUAUUCUGCAGCUGGGCUGGGAUGGGCUGUCUUUGUCUGUGAAGAAGAAAGCAUAUCAUCCUACACCUGCACAUUAAAAAUCAGCCAGUGCCAACUGUGAUGGAGAAACCACUGGUUCAGACACAGGCUUCUACACUACCUUUCUUUGACACGGCCCAUGCCUUCAACCUACUACGAGGAAUUCAUGAGUUACGGGCUGAGCGCAAGUUCUUUGAUGUGACAUUGUGUGCUGAAGGCCGAGAAUUUCAUUGCCACCGGACAGUCCUUGCUGCUGCCAGCACAUAUUUCCGUGCCAUGUUUGCAGGAACACUCCGUGAGAGUGCCAUGGACCGUGUGGUCCUUUAUGAAGUUUCAGCAGAGUUGCUAGGCCUACUGGUAGACUUUUGCUACACCGGCCGGGUCACCGUUACACAGGACAAUGUGGAUCUUCUUUUGAAAACUGCUGACCUCUUCCAGUUCCCAUCAGUAAAGGAGGCCUGUUGUGCUUUCCUGGAGCAGAAUUUAGAUGUGUCCAACUGCCUGGAGAUACAAGACUUUGCAGAGGCCUAUGCCUGCCGUGAUCUUGCUGCUAGCGCUCGUCGCUUUAUCCUCAAAAAUAUUGUUGAGUUGGCCAAGGGCAAAGAUUUCGAGCGAUUGCCGUGGAAGCGUCUGCUUGAGUUUAUGUCAGAUGACGGACUGUGUGUGGACAAAGAGGAGACCGCAUACCAGAUAGCAAUACGCUGGGUAAAGGGUGACCUACAACGGAGACUUCACUACUGGCCUGAGCUUUUGCAACAGGUGCGGUUACCAUUUGUACGACGUUUCUACUUGCUGGCCCAUGUGGAAAGUGACCCAUUGGUCUAUCUCUCACCAUCAUGCCUAAGGCUGGUCAGUGAGGCACGUAGUUUCCAGUCUUGUGAAUAUGACCGACAUGACUUUCCCUGCCAUCGCAUGCACCCGCGCCCAUCCACUGGCCUGGCUGAGAUCCUGGUGGUGGUAGGAGGCUGUGACCAGGACUGUGAUGAACUGGUGACUGUUGACUGCUAUAACCCACAAACAGGCCAGUGGAGGUAUCUAGCGGAGUUUCCUGACCAUCUUGGUGGAGGAUACAGCAUUGCUGCUCUGGGCAGCGAUAUGUAUGUGACAGGUGGCUCAGAUGGUUCACGUCUGUAUGAUGGAGUAUGGCGCUACAACUCAAGUGUGAAUGAGUGGACUGAAGUGUCGCCCAUGCUGAAGCCAAGGGAGUACCACAGUUCCUGUGUACUCAAGGGUCAGUUGUAUGUGGUGGCAUCUGACAGUACUGAGCGCUAUGACCAUGCUUUGGACUGUUGGGAAUCCCUUGCACCAAUGCUACAUCCUAUGGACAACUGUUCUACCACCACCUGCCGAGGACGCCUCUAUGCUAUUGGCUCACUCACUGGGCAGGACGCUAUGGCCAUCCAGUGCUAUGAUGCAGACACUAACCAUUGGUCACUUGUCAACAGUGCCCAACUACCGCCUUGGUCCUUUGCUCCUAAGACUGUUACACUCAAUGGUCUCAUUUAUUUUGUGAGAGAUGACUCGGCUGAGGUUGAUGUCUACAAUCCUCUGAAGAACGAAUGGGACAAAAUAGAGUCAAUGAACCAGGUCCAUGUGGGAGGCAGUGUGGCUGCUCUAGGGGGACGUUUGUACGUAUCGGGUGGCUAUGAUAGCACCUUUGAACUGUCAGAUGUUGUGGAGGCAUAUGACCCAGAAACACGCACGUGGAGCAUUAUUGGCCGGUUACCACAACCCACCUUCUGGCAUGGCAGUGUCAGUAUCUUCCGGCAGUUCAUGCCACAAGCACAAAGCGCUUUUGAGCCACUGGAACCCCCUGAGGUCAAUGUUGUCCGUCUUCACCGGCUUCAUCGUCACCAGGCAAUCCACAAUCACAAUCUCAACCGCCACCAAGAUGUCAAUCCUGCCCACUGAGGCACACGCUGCUCCCACAGCUCAGGCAAAGUUUUGGGAUAGCUAAUGUCAUGUUUACUGUGAUUAUGAGUGAGUGUGCUGUAUUUUACACAAUUGUACUAUGAAAAGAAGAGUUUUGUUCUUUACGAAAUUGUAGCAGUUUGUGCACAAAAGUAGACGAGAAUGUCUGUUGCAUGUAAUAAUAAUAAGUAUCCAGCAGGCUGGGGCAGGGUGGUGAUGGUCGAUCAUUGAAGUUUUGAUCCAGAACUUUUCAUGAUACUUUACGAACCGUUGAAUUGAUUUAAAAACAAUUUAUGCAUCAAUCUAUACUCUGUAUACACACUCCAUUUGAUUGAUUAUAUUUACUCCAUAUAUUCUGCUGCAGAAUUGACUUUUUAUAAUAGAAAAUUAUAUGUUUGUUUUGAGUUUGAAGAAGUACAGUGCCAGCUGAGGUUGGAGUCUGUUGAAACCAGGUUUUAUUUGUGAGGAAUUUCAUUGGACCAUUUUCAGUGAAGUUGCUUCUUGCAAUAGGGAAAGAUUUUCGUGAAAUUCAACAACUAUUGCUGGCUUAUUUUCCUGUGUAACCAGUGUUGUGAGACGUACGGUCUCAGAGUAGAUCUCUAGCCAUGGACCGGGCAUUUGCACCCUUUAGAGGUUCCUUGACUCAGUUAACAUAAUUUUGUGGUUUAUGUUUAUGGUAUUUGGCAGACGCUUUUCCCAAUGGAAAUUUACACUUGUUAUUAUUCAAACAUAGACCCUAGCUUGCUAUACUGGAUUACUCCUUUUAACUGAGGUCUUAUAACAGGAUAAUCCCAGUGAAUAAGAUUGUAGAUCUUGAUGUAGAUUGAAGACAGUCUACAUCAUCCCAAAUGUGGCCUACAAAAUUCUAAAUGUUAACAAAUGUCAAUCAGUCCAGCAUUGUUAAGAAUAGAUGCAUGCCAGAUUUUCAAACUGUUUUUAAGUUAUGCGUCAAUGACAUUUGAGGAAGUGGCCUGUGAUGAUGAACAAUAUCUUUUUAUGUUAAGUUCCAUAUUUAACCAAACAAUAUUACCAUGCCAUUCUUAGGCCGCAUGGCAAAUUAGGUGCUGCAACAUACACAUGUCAUUAUUUGGGGCGUGCCACGACAAAAUGAGUCAACUAUAACUUUGCCUGGAAACUACCAAAAGGAUGUAGAAGCAGAUAGUUAAGUGAUUAGCGUAAUGGUUUAAUACGUGGGAAUCCGGGGUUCGAUUCCCGUCUAAAGUGUUUUGGCAGAGAUAAGUAGAAGUGUAAGUGUGCAUGUGUACCAAAGUCUCUAGAGAAGGCGCGCAAUUUGAAGAAGUUCGCAAAUGGAAGUUUUGAUUGCAACAAUUAGCUAGUUCACGCACCACGGUGUUCACGGUGUAAAUAGCACACAUUACUAUAUACACCAGGGUACGAAUUGCAUCCCUUUCUAAUUAUACAGUGAUGGAAAUAGCAUACAUUAUUUGUACCAGGGUGAAAAUAGUCCGGAGUGACUAUUUGCACCCAUGGUGGUGAAAUUAGCCUUGGCCACAGAGCUGGGCUAUUCCCACCCUGUGUGAUACGCGAUACUUGCGCAUGCAUGAAAACAUUAAUAUUUUAUUAAAGAAAGUGAAGAAUUGAGAAAAGUUUUGGCACUAAUAUCUGAUGAAUUUUGUUAGUUUACAGCAAUUUCAUGAUUAUGACGACGGUCAGGUAAACUUUAAUGGAAACAAGUUGCCUGCAAUCUUCCAAAUAUAAGUGGAAGCAGGUACCUACGCGGUUA